AUGGGGUGGAUUUUCCCUCCUGGGUCGAUUUACCCCGAGGUGGACAUCCCUCCAAUGGGGAAAUACUGCCUAGGAAGACAUCCACCUGGUUCUAAAUCCACAUGGGAGCCCGAAUUCUAUUCGGUGUGUCACACCAAGGCUGCCUAUGAGGAGCAGGGACCUGGAAUAUGCAGGCACAAUCCAGUGUUUGGAACAAUGACGGAUGACCUCCUAGGUCGUGGUGUUCCUGGAAGAGAGGAUGCUGUUGCAUUUCUUGGCCUCUCCAAUGGGUGUCAAGUUCAUUCUGAAGAAAGAACCAAAAUGGGGACUGAGAUCUCCUUUGCUUCAUCUUGCCAUCUAAAAAGAACUGGGAAUUACCUUGGAGAGGAUUCACUCUGGGUAGUGGACGUAUUGUUGGUGCACGGCAAGGUUCCUUCUGCAUGGAGGAGAGAGCCUUGUGAAAGACCUGUUGCCCCUCCUAAUGAAGAUGUCUUCAAGUACAACACAUCGGUUUCACCAUCUGCUCGUGAAUUGACUUCACUGCUGUCCUCUUCUGGAAUCAUGAAGGAAUACAACAACCAGCUACAUUCACAAGUUCCCAAGGCCUUGUUUUGUUUUACAGUCCAAGAUCCAAAGAGCCUUACCGACAUCAGAUGGAAUACAGGAGAAGGGAGUAACCACUUCAUGGUUCACACUGAAACACAAAGACUCGUGGGUGUCCUUGGCACUAUUGAAUUCGACUCAUCAUGUAAAAUGAAAGUCAAAGGGACCAUGCGAACUCUCAUGCAAGAAGUAUUCAGGGAGAAGGAGAGCCAGAUCAUCCUCCAAACUUUCAUCCUAUAUGAAGGACAAAAUGGAGAAGAGUCUACUCUGCUUCAAAAAGUCUACUUGAGCAUGCAGAAAAAGGAUUGUGGGUCAAGACGAUACAAACAAGUACAUAUGCACUACAAUUACCUGCUUCUCAAGCGUCUGCUGUCGAGAUGUGGCACGACUGGAAAGGCUUGGGAUGUGCUCCAGCAGCUGACAUACACCAGGUGCAUCCAGAGAUCUCAGAGGAACAUUAGCCUGAUGGAGGAGAAUGCAAGAUACUCAGACCACUAUGUCCAAUAUUGCCUACACUCAAGGAUCCAGAAUAAAGGGGAGAUGCCCACCUCAAGGAGUGAGGAAGCAUCCACAGAGGUGAUAUGGAUCCAAAUUGAUGGUGAAGGGCAGAAACAUCUUCAAGUGGAGAACUUGCAAGGAGUUCUUGUGCAGUGUGAGCAAUAUGCUGAAUUUCUUUUCAUCUCGAUCUAUUUCCAGCAGUGGUUCCUUUUCUUUGGACUGGGGGAUGCUGAAUGGUUGUAUCCUCCAAAGAAAGAUACUGCUCCAAUCCAGGAGGGUGACAGAAGGCAACUGACAGGACGAUUUGGAGACUUUUGA